AUGUCGGGGGAAUCUAGCCUGUACAACAAGGAAAACCGCAGGGAAAACGCGCAGUCCAGGGACCCCAACCCCAAACACCUGCCCAGGUACGACCGGCCCUCCCUUGAGCGCAAGUCGGUUGCCCCUGACUACGAAAUCCUCAACGAGCAGCUGAUCACCGAAAAUGGGCAGGAAAAGCGGAUCGUCUCCAAAGCCAUGUGGGGUGAAUCUCUUCGCAAGGCCACAGAGGCAGAACUCUACGAGCAACCCCCCUCUCCCAAGGAAAUAGUGGCGAGAGGGCAGCCUCUCCCCAACUACGAGGACACCAAGGUGGCGGUCCGCCCGACCGGAAGUGUGACCUUCUUCGGGGCCAGCACCAACCGCGGCAGCGAGCGCAGCUACAAUGAGGACCGCGUUUCGGUCAUCCUCAACAUCAUCAAGCCUGAGAGCAGGAAGGACGAGACGUGGCCGCACUGCUCUUUCUUUGGAGUGUACGAUGGGCAUGGUGGGACUGCCUGCGCGGAUUUCUUGAGAGACAAUCUCCACCAGUUCGUGGUCCGACAGAAGGCCUUUCCUUUCGACCCGAGAGAGGCCAUCCGCCGGGGCUUUCUGGAAGCGGAGACCGCGUUUCUGCAGCUUUGUGAGAAGAACAGCGAGGUAAGCGGAUCCUGCGCGAUAGUGCUGAUGGUGAUCGGACAGGACUGCUACAUCGCCAACGUGGGGGACAGCCGGGCCCUUCUCUCCUGCUACGGCGGCGAGUCCAUCGUCAACCUCUCGCGGGACCACAAGCCGACCGACAGCAAAGAGCAAAAGCGCAUCCUCGAGGCGCAAGGGAAGGUGUUUCUGACCUAUUGCGAGACCCUGGACGACUUCGGGGACAUCGAGGCCAAGCUGCCCAGACUGGGGGGCAACCCUCGCGUGCUCAUCUCGAUGCCGGAGAUCACGAGUUUCAGGAUCGACAGGGGCCAUGAGACCAUCCUGCUGGGCUGUGAUGGGAUAUUCGACUGUCUCCGGUCCGAACAGGUGGUGCGAACCUACCUGCAGGCUACUGGCGGGUCGCCCGAGGAGAUGAUCAAAGGCGGGCUGGAGGAUGUGCUGCGGGCGGCAAUGAACAUGGGCUCGCAGGACAACCUGACGAUCGUGGCAGUGGGCCUUCGGCCUGAACCGCCCGCGAUGAUGCGAUGA